AAUGAAAAUAGAAACGUUCUUGUCAAAAUUAACUAUGUACAAAAUUUCAGAAACAAUUAUUUCCGAAAAAAAUAAUAUAAAUUUGUUCAUUAAAAAGUUAUUAAACAUGCUCACAGUUCGAAAGUUAUGCCAAAAGCUGCAUCAAUUUUUUCAAGAACACUACCCGUACAUUUGGUUCGUUUCCGUUUUUACGGUGGUUUUCAUCGGCUUUUUGCACUACGAACUCAAGCACAAUAGCCGUGAUCUCAUUUACUGGAAGGACCUGCUCGAUUUCUGCUACAAUGAACUGGAGCAUUUUGCACUCGUACUCAUUUUGAUUGUUGUACUCAUCAAAGUAAUUUUUCUAGCCUUCAUCAUUAUCAUGAAUACGCGUUCGUUCACAUGGUUCGAUGAACUCUCACAGCUGGAAGUGAAGAAACGUUAUGCCGACUUUCUAUUCAUUCGUCUAAUCGCAGAUAUUGACAAAAUUGAAUCGAAAUGUUUGCGUUGCGCCAAAGAGAAUGAAAUUGCCUCACUGAAGAGCUUCAUUUUGGCACAUGAGGAUAUGCGUAAGACGAUUGAUAAUUUCCGUAAGGACGCACGUAAAUUAUUGACCCCCAAUGAGAUCGAAGUGUCACUACCGAUUGAAGAGGUAUAUGGACUGAUGGACGACGAAGAACGUCUGAUAAGUCGUUCACGUUUCAAUCACAUGGAUAUCUCAGCAGAUGAUGAGCUAAUCAAGUCAUUGGUGAAUCCCUAAAGCGAUUUGUGUCAAGCUUUUUUCAUUUAAGUUAAGUUGCGGUUUGUUUGGACCAUAUACAAAUCUGCUCGUUUGAUAGGGUUUUAUUUAUGAUUAUAUAUUUUAUUAUGCCGCCAUUUCGAUAUGAUAAUGGCAGCACACAAAACAAAAACCAACUGCGCCAGAUAAUUCAUAAUUUUUUUUUUUUUGGCAAAAUUGGAAAAAUUGCAAUAAUAAAAUCUAUAUUUACCAAAUUUGUGUGUGAAGAUAUGUUUAACGACAAA